AUGAUUGAAAGCAACACCAAUCCAGAAAAUAAGAGCCACUCGGCUCUCCAAGACUUUAUGACCAACGUACUCCAAGUGCAAAAGCACCCGCAACUCAGCGUAGUGGAAGACAACGCCAAGAGUCCGACCAGAAGGAAACAAGGCAACAAGAAGGCAGCACCAAUUCUUCAAUUCACAACCGAUCUCAAAGAAAGUCAGCUCCGAUGGCCCGUUGACCACAAAGCAAGCGCUAGCAUCAAAUCCAAAAAGGAGAUGGAUCGCUGGGGAGACAUGCACUUUGAACCGCUCCAAAGAAAAUUGAGAGAAGAGCAACAAACCAAACGCAACGAAACAUGCAAAGUUGCGAGUAAUCACAGAUUCAACGCGUCACGAUUCAAUGAUAGGCCCUUGCCUUCAUCAGUCAUUGGCAAUGGUCAUGUUGCCUUGUUGCGCCAAAACAGUCUAGAACGACACUUUCUUGCCGUGGCCGCCGAAGAGGAGCGAGAACAAGAGGAAGAAGAUGAAGCUGAGGAGGAGCACUUGCCAACGGUACCCGAGGAUGAAAGCGUGCAUGCUCCUCAUGUUGUAUUGACUUCUCCAAAGCGAAAACGUCAAAGACAUCACAUGCAGAAAAAGAUUACCCACAAGAUGGAGACCGAGUCGAAAGCAGAUGUCCAAGACAAGGCAAGCAAAGGAACACCAAAGCCACACAAAAGUGACGCAGCAAAGAAACAAAGUAAGCCUCGUACGGAAUAA